UAUUACGGAUCAAAUUCUGCUACUGAAAGAAGAAUUGGGAACCGAGAGUGAUGAGAACGCAAAGGAGUCGCUUACUGACACUCGCAUACGUCACACCUUACUGGAUAUAUUCUUUGCUGGAACGCAGACCACGGUUGACACGUUGAAGUGGAUGAUUAUGUAUGUAGCCGAUAAUCCGGAGGUUCAGUCAAAACUACACAAGGAGUUAGACGCCUUAGGGAACGACAUCAGUGGACUUCGUCACUGCAGACAUAAGUUGCCUUACAGUGAGGCUGUUCAGCGAGAGGUUUUGCGCAUGCGCCCUGUUGCUCCAGUAGCUGUAGGUCAUCAAGCACUCUGUGACACCAAACUUGGUGCGUGCGAUAUCCCCAAAGGCACUGUGAUUUAUGCAAACAUAAUGGCAAUCCACCAUGACCCGAAAAACUGGGAGUCACCGGAGAUUUUCAAGCCAGAGAGGUUUAUUAACAAUGACGGCAGCUUGAAAGAGGUUGACAACAAAAUAUGGAUUCCGUUCAGUAGUGGCAAAAGGAAGUGUGUGGGAGAAUCAGUUGCCAGGGCAAACAUUAUGAUGAUUUCGGCAUUGUUUUUCAGUCGGUUUGAGGUGAGCUUUCCACACGGACAAAAGCCAGACUUCGAGCCUGCAAUGGCAGAAUUUGCCUGUGUACCUAAACCUCAGAAGAUCGUCGUGAAGAAAAGAAAGUAAUUUUUGGUGUCAGAAAUGUUUUAAAACUGACCCGAAGGAAGUUUUCUUUGUUUAAACCUAUUAAUUGUAGUUAAAACGUAACAUUCUCCUGUUAAAGACACGCAGAUCUAGAUGACCGUGCUUUAGAUAGUCUAAGGAAUACCCUGGGAAGCAUUCACGUAUGUGGAAUUAAAUGGACAGGGCUAUGUAUUGCGAGAUUAAAUGCAAUAUAAAUAUAUGAAACAACACACAUUUAUGUACUGGGUAGCAUUGAAUUUUUUUUAUACUGGUAACGUGGAUAUCCAACUGCAGAUUAUCUUUUAAGGGGGAGGGGUAUAAUAGUAAUGAACCAAAUAAAUCGUUAAUUGAGUGAUUUGUACGCCAAUUUAAAUACAGUGAAGGAACUAUAGAUGCUUUAUUAAAGAA